AUGAGUGCAGCCGGAGCGGAGCGGCCUGUGAGCGGCCGUCAGCUCAGCGAGCUGCCGGACGACGCAGAGCAGCUGCGGCCGUUUGUGAGCGCGCUGAGGCGGGCAGCGUCUCUGCGGAGCGCCGCUCUCACGCCCGGUGUCGGCACCGCGUCCGACCGCUUUCUGCUCAAGUUCCUGCGGGCCAGAGACUUCGACCUGGACCUCUCCCUCAAGCUCUUACUGAACUACCAGCGGUGGAGGAAGGACAGUCCAGAGAUCAGCAGCUGUCUGUCUCCCAGCUCCGUCCUGGGCCUCCUCAACACGUCUUACCACGCUGUUCUUCCACAUCGGGACCACACUGGCAGCAGGGUGCUCCUCUACAGGAUUAGUCAGUGGAACUACAAGGACUGGUCAGCAUUCCAGGUUUUCAGAGUCAGCCUGAUGACAUCUGAGAUCCUGUCUAUGGAGACAGAAACACAGAGGCAGGGUGUCAAGGUCAUAUUCGACCUGCAGGGUUGGACGUUCGGCCACGCCCUGCAGAUUAGCCCUUCCCUCGCUAAAAAGAUAGCUUCUGUACUUGCGGACUCCUUUCCACUGAAAGUGCGAGGAAUCCAUCUGGUUAACGAGCCGAUCUUCUUCCAGCCAGUCUUUGCCAUGCUUCGUCCCUUCCUGCCAGAUAAGAUCAAACAGAGGAUCCAUAUCCAUGGUGCUGACUUUCACCACUCUUUGACUGAAUUCUUCUCCUCGUCAGUUCUACCUGCAGAGUACGGAGGGAGGGGGCCUGAUAUAGACACGGCCUGUCGGGACUGGACCAAUCAUCUGCUUCGGUCAGAGAAGCUGCUGCAGCAGAUUGCUGCUCACCCAACAGGUGACAUAACUGUCGACCCCGGCAGUUUGAUCUUGGCCAAAAUAGAGAACCCACCUGAUGGGGUGGCACCUCUGUGAUGGCUGAUACCUGGAUGACUUUGUUUUUCAUUGGAUCUAAUUUCAUGAUGCUAAGAGCAUGCUGGUCUGUGAUCUAAAACAUUGACUGGUGCCAACCGGAAGUCCUUUACGCCGGCGGAUUUUAAUCAUCGAAAUGUCAAGUGCCUCCCCAGAUGAAACCAACUUUUAAUUUUGUUAAUAUCUUCAAACUGCCC